ACAGUCAGCGACCAUUUGCAAGCCUCCUAGGUAUAUUCCCAGCAGACAUAUUAUCAGAUUAAAGGAACUGCAAACAAACUGGGCUGAAACCUUUCUUUGUCCAAACCCAGCCUCUUCUUCCUGUGAUGUCAUAUUACAAAUCUAGCAAGCCUUUCUUUUUCACUUCAGAGAAAGCCCAACUCACAAUACAGCUGGCAACUAAGGAAAAGACCUCAAUUCAGCGAGAGCUAACAUGCUUUGGAAUUUAUUUCGGAAACUUUAAAAGACUCUUCUGCUUACCACCAUCUGGGAUCCACUGCAAGAAAACCGAAUUGGAAAACUUCAUUUAAAAGGAGAAAGAAGUAAAGGAGGACAAAUUGGGAAUGUUUAAGUCCCUGAAACCCUGCACUGAAAAGCAAAAUAAGAUUGAUAACUCAAGCUUAAACAUUCCAGAGGAACAUUAAAAAAAUUUAACUUUGGAAUAUUCAUCUUGACUACUGAAACACAAGUUUACAAGACGAGUUGUUUUACUCCUGCCACGGGAACGCAGCUUUUCUUUAAAUUUAUAAUCCUAUGGGUUGGCUUCAUUGACUGCAUUUUUUAAAGGUUGCUCAUCAGUUAACUAAACCCUGGAUUCAUGGAUUUUCUGGAGACUACAAAAAGAAUAGUUUCCUUUUGAAGAACCAAGUGGAAACUUUACAACAACAAAUUUCAUGUUUCCUUUGGAGAUUCCUGAGAAAAAGGAAAUAUUCAUAAAACCACUCAAAGAUCCAUAAUUUGCAAAUAAAUUGGAGGCUACUGUGGUCACAAUCUGAAUACCAAAGGAGACUGUCGCUGACAAAAGGAUUUCCACACUAAAAACUGGACGUGCCUUUAUGAUGGUAAGCAGUACCAGCACCCAAUGCCACUAUGAUGACUCCUUUAAAUACACUUUGUAUGGGUGCAUGUUCAGCAUGGUGUUUGUGCUUGGGUUAAUAUCCAAUUGCGUUGCCAUAUACAUUUUUAUCUGCACCCUCAAAGUGCGAAAUGAAACUACAACGUACAUGAUUAACUUGGCGAUGUCAGACUUGCUUUUUGUUUUUACUUUACCCUUCAGGAUUUUUUACUUUGCAACACGGAACUGGCCGUUUGGAGAUUUACUUUGUAAAAUUUCUGUGAUGCUGUUUUAUACCAACAUGUAUGGAAGCAUUCUGUUCUUAACUUGUAUUAGUGUAGAUCGAUUUCUGGCCAUUGUCUACCCAUUUAAGUCAAAGACUCUAAGAACCAAAAGAAACGCAAAGAUUGUUUGCAUUGCCGUGUGGUUAACUGUAAUGGGAGGCAGUGCACCAGCAGUUUUUUUUCAGUCUACCCAUUCUCUGAGUAACAGUAAUACCUCUUCAGAAGCCUGCUUUGAAAAUUUCCCAGAUGCCACGUGGAAAACAUAUCUCUCAAGGAUUGUAAUUUUCAUCGAAGUAGUGGGAUUUUUUAUUCCUCUAAUUUUAAACGUAACUUGUUCUAGUAUGGUGCUAAGAACUUUAAAUAAACCUGUUACAUUAAGUAGAAGCAAAAUAAACAAAACUAAGGUUUUAAAAAUGAUUUUUGUUCAUUUGGUUAUAUUCUGUUUCUGUUUUGUGCCUUACAAUAUCAAUCUUAUUUUAUAUUCUCUUAUGAGAACGCAAACAUUUGUUAAUUGCUCAGUAGUGGCUGCAGUAAGGACAAUGUACCCAAUCACUCUCUGCAUUGCUGUUUCAAAUUGUUGUUUUGAUCCUAUAGUUUACUACUUUACAUCGGACACAAUUCAGAAUUCAAUAAAAAUGAAAAACUGGUCUGUUAGGAGGAGUGAAUCCAGAUUCUCUGAAGUUCAAAGCACAGAGAAUUUUAUUCAACACAAUUUACAGGCCUUAAAAAAUAAGAUAUUUGACAAUGAAUCUACAAUAUAAGCUGCCUGAAAUAAAACCACUGGGACUUCACCAGGACAGAACUUUCAAGUUCCUUCAACCCUGAGGAGUGUUUCCUUGGACAAACUAUUUCUUCACCUCCAAAAGAAAAUAAACACACGGACAUUUUAAAGUUUUUAGUAUAAAGAAAAUUUGUAUUCAAUGUAAGCAUUAAAAUAUAUUCUAUUCUUGUAUAUACUCCACUUUAUUUUUCUGAGCCAUUUUGAUUUUUUCCUUCUUCAUUAAAAAAAUCUCUUAAA